UGAUACUGUGUGUGUGCGUGUGAGAGAGAGAAAGACAGAAACAGAGCAUGUGUGUCUGAGCUGUGUGUAACUGAUAGCUGGAGGACAUACAAGGACCAGUAUCAUAUUGUUGGCUCUACUCAGCUGCGUUGGGAUUACAGUCUACAUUCUUACCUACCUUGCGUGGCCAGGUGUAUAGUGGAGAUCCACAGCCCCAUGUGAAUACUGCCAUCAUCAGAUUUUCCCUCUUCCCCCCCCUCCUCUCGAUUCCCUGUCUAACUUGGCCAGGUGAGUGCGAACACAAACCUCCAUUGCCUUCAGACUUCACUCCCUGGCGUUUGGAUUCUUGAAGUCCAAAGGUGACCUGCCUUUUCGGAUCAGUCAUGGAGGAACUCGUACAGAACCUGCGACUGCAGCUGGAGAAGCAGUGUGCACUGAAUAAGGAGCUGCAUAGUCAAAAUCAGGAUCUGGAGAAACGUUUAGAGGAGAAAGAAUGGUUGCUCAAAAACCUACAGAGUCGGUUUGACCAGCUGGAUUGCCCUCCUGAGAGGAGCAGUAAUGACAGUGAGCCAGAAGUGAGGAAGAGUCGGGCGGCUGUCAUUGCACCAGAGCCUCUUCCUGAGGACCUAGAGAUCACAGAGGCACAGGUCAAGAAGACUAUCAGUGAAACCAGUCUGAUUGUCAAGGCCAUCCAGAAGAAUGACUUCCUGAGCCGGCUAGAUGACGAGCAGAUCACAAUGAUGGUGGAGUUACUGGUUGCAAUAGAUAAGAACCCGGGUGAGGUGGUCAUCACUGAGGGCUCGGAGGGUGACAGCAUGUACAUUGUAGCAGCGGGAGAGCUGCAGGUCACCCAGGCUGGGCGAGAUUUACGCACAUUGACCUCUGGAGAUGUGUUUGGAGAGCUGGCCAUCCUUUAUAACUGCAAACGCACCGCAUCAGUCCAAGCUCUCACUAAAGUCAGACUAUGGCGCAUCGAGAGGCAGACGUACCGCACAAUCAUGACCAAUAAGUCCAAGAAGAAACGAGAGCAGAUUAUUGGCUUCUUAAAGACGGCACGGACGCUGAAGGACCUGAGUGAUGUUCAGCUCUCGAAGAUCAUUGACUCCAUGGAAGAGGUGAAAUUCCAGAACAAAGAUGUAAUCGUACGAGAGGGAACAGAGGGGAACACUUUCUACAUCAUCCUGAAAGGCGAGGUCCAGGUGACCAAAAAGGUGAAUGGCCACCAGAGAGAGAUCCGCAGGAUGGGUAAAGGGGAGCACUUUGGGGAGCUUGCACUGAUUCGUGAGAUGCUCAGGACAGCCACAUGCACAGCAGUGGGCCACGUCACCUGUUUCUGCAUUGACAAAGAGGUUUUUGAGGAGACCAUACCAAUUGAGCACCUUGAGCUCCCUGAUGACUCAAAUUUCUUAGAGGACAGGACAGUUCCGGAGAAAAAAAGCCACCAAACCUUGCUGCAGCUAAAGGAUCUUAUACCUGUUCUCUACCAGGAGGGGCGCUAUCAGGGGGAGCCAGUCACCCUGGGAGUGGGAGGGUUUGGCCGUGUUGAGCUGGUCACCACACUGCAUCAUGGGAAGUACUAUGCACUGAAGAAGGUCAGUAAGAAACACAUUGUUGCCAAGCGACAGGAAGAGCAUAUUAAGUUUGAAAAGCGCAUCCUUCAGGAGAUACAGAGUGACUUCAUUGUCAGACUCCACGCUGCCUUUAAAGACACCCGCUAUAUCUACAUGAUAAUGGAGUUCUGCUCUGGAGGGGAACUCUGGACUAAACUGAAAGAAAUUGGUCGUUUUGAGGAGCCAAUUGCAGUGUUCUGUGCUGCCUGUGUGGUUGAGGCUUAUGCUUAUCUCCACAAGAAGGGGAUCAUGUACCGUGAUCUGAAACCAGAGAACCUGAUGCUGGACAGGCGUGGAUAUGUCAAACUGGUGGACUUUGGCUUUGCUAAGGAGCUGAUGAAGGGGGACAAGACUUACUCCUUCCUUGGGACCCCUGAGUAUAUGGCCCCUGAGAUCAUUCAGAACCAGGGUCAUGACUUUGCCGCAGACUUCUGGUCCCUGGGAAUCCUGGUGUAUGAGCUUCUGGCAGGCAGCCCCCCUUUCUCCAGCUCAGAGCCCCAGAAGAUAUACGCAAAGAUCUUGGAUGGUGUGAUGAAGUUUCCCCCAUACAUGGGCGAGGGUGCCAAAUCUCUCAUAAGCAAAUUGUGCAGACCACGCCCAGGUCAGAGGCUGGGGAAUACUAAAAAUGGGAUUAAGGACGUCAGGCACCACAGGUGGUUCAGCAGUAUAAACUGGCACAAGCUACGAGUUGGGCAGGUAGAGGCACCAACAUUGCGACUUAUACGAAAGGGCCCUUGCUACAUCAACUUUGACAGAUUCCCCUUUGACAAGACACAAGCAGAAGAAGAAACAUCUGGCUGGGACAAUGACUUCUGAAUAUUGCUGAUUUGUUGGGCUUCUGGUCAUGAAUGGGACAGUGGCCUCAAGAACAGGGCACCAGGAAUGUGAAAGCAUUAAAAUACAGAAAAAUUCAAUUAGAGAGGCCUAUCAAAUGGCCUUUGCAGACUGAGACAUUAUACAGUUCUCCUUAGGUUCUACUGAAAUGUACAAUCACCAUGGUCCACAUUGUUAAAUUACAGUAUAGGUUUAAGUAUACUGUGGUUUGUGCAUACUGCAAAUCUGAAACUUGUAAAUAAUAAACAGAACUGCCAAAAACA